AUGGUUACCGGAGGGAUGCUAGUGCUCUAUGAGACUCCAGCUGGAUAUGCGUUGUUUAGAAUGGCAGAUGAUGGCAAGCUAUCAAAUCCAGACGAUAUACACAAGCACUUUGAAACUCCUGUCAAGGCUAACGAGACUGUCAAGCUGAAAGCCUUCCAGAAGUUUGAUAAUACAACAGAUGCGCUGUCGGCAGUCACAGCAUUGGUUGAGGGCAAAAUGUCAAAAAAUCUGAAAAAGUUUCUGAGCGACGAGCUGUCGGAUAUAGAUUUAAAGGGAACUUUGGCUGUUGGUGAUCCAAAGCUAGGAGGUGCAAUUGCCAAAAAGCUGGGCAUCAAAGUCGUAUCAGAUAGCACAGUGAACGAGUUAUUUAGAGGAAUAAGGUCUCAAUUGAAUGCUUUGGUCUCGGGUAUCGCUGAAGCAGACAUGAAUGCUAUGGUGCUUGGUCUAUCACACUCGCUAUCCCGAUACAAGCUCAAAUUCUCUCCAGAUAAAGUCGACACGAUGAUUAUUCAAGCCAUUCAUUUGCUGGAUGACUUGGACAAGGAAUUAAACACAUAUAGUAUGCGAGUCAAGGAGUGGUAUGGAUGGCACUUUCCCGAAAUGACCAAAGUAGUGGUGGAUAAUCUAGCAUAUGCCAAGGUAGUCAAAACCAUGGGAUACCGCUCGAAUGCAUCUACAGUCGACCUCAGUAGCAUCCUGCCCGAAGAAAUAGAAACCGAAGUCAAGGACGCUGCUGAAAUAUCCAUGGGUACUGAAAUCAAUGAAGAGGAUAUUGAAAACAUUACUUACCUCUGUGAUCAAAUCAUAUCCAUAUCCGAGUACCGAGCCCAAUUAUAUGAUUAUUUAAAAAACCGUAUGGCUGCUAUUGCUCCCAACUUGACCUGUCUCGUUGGCGAGUUGGUUGGAGCACGACUGAUUGCCCACGCCGGAUCAUUACUCAACUUGGCUAAAUAUCCAGCAUCGACAGUCCAGAUCCUCGGUGCUGAAAAGGCCUUGUUUAGAGCUUUAAAGUCUAAACACGAUACACCUAAAUACGGGUUGAUUUAUCAUGCUUCGUUGGUUGGCCAAGCGUCAUCCAAGAUGAAAGGAAAGAUUGCCAGGUCUGUUGCUACAAAGGCUGCGUUGUCAAUACGUGUAGAUGCGUUAGGUGAAACUGAGCCAGGACAGGAACCAUCUGUAGAAUUAGGUUUGGAACAACGAGCCAAGGUCGAAGCUCGUCUUAAACAGUUGGAGGGUCGUGGUAAAGCUAAAGAGUUGGGAGGACCGUCUCCUAGUCAGUCGCGAGGUCCCAAGUCUUCCAAGAUGAAUACGUCUGCCGUCAAAAACUACAAUAAUGCAUCCGAUAUAUUACUAGCAGGCCCAGAACCAACAUCAUCAACAAAAACCAAACGAAAGCACUCUGAAACCAAUGGUGAUUCAGUCGCUGCUGCACCCAUAACGGAAGGAGAAGCACCAGCGGCGGAAGAUACCGCAGCUGAAGGCAAGAAGAAGAAAAAGUCAAAAAAGGAAAAGAAGGCUGCUGUCGUUGAAGAAGUAGAAGCACCAGAACCAGUAGUAGAGCAAGUAGCAGAAUCUGAUGCAGCUGAAAGUGGCAAGAAGAAGAAAAAGAGGAAGGCAACUGAAGAAGCUGAAGUCGUUGUUGAAGCACCACCUGCUGCAGUAGCUCAUGAUGGUGGCGAAGAACCCAAAAAGAAGAAGAAGAAGAAACAGAAGACCUCUGCUGACGAGUAA